AUGGCCAUCCUGUCCGUUGCCAUCACGCUCUCGUUCCACCUCAACUCCAAACCGACGGAUCUUGAAAGACGCAUAUCCAAGCCUCUAGGGGCCAUCUUUUGGGUUUUCAGCGUCGUCAUGCUGGGCCUAGGGCUGGCAAAUUACAUCAAAACAGUGAACAAGUAUAGCAAGAAGGCGGCCAUUGUGCAGACCGGGUGGAGGACACAGCUGAUUCUGGGGACAUUGGCCUUUUGCAUCAUCGGCUCGAGUAUAGUCCUACUCGUCAUUACCAGAAUUCGCCAUCAGGGAGGGACUUGA